AAAGUUCCUCCUCGACUGCUGUCUUGAAGGAGAAUCAUGCUUCUGUUCAACAUGGGACCUGAAGGCAGAUUGAGGAAAAUUGCUGUUCUGAUCGGCGUUUUUGUCAUUUUAAAGGUGCAGGCUGAUCCGGCAAUAACUGAUGAUGAAGCAGAUGCCGGUGAACUUAGAGAUGACAUUCUUGAAAUUAACAGAGGAUUGACACAUCUGUUUGAGGGAGACAUUGCUGUCAAUCCAAAAAGAAACGCCAUCCUUGACGAAACAAGAAGAUGGACGUUUCCCAUACCUUACAUCCUAACUGAUUCCUUAGAUCUGAACGCCAAGGGUGUAAUUCUUCAAGCGUUUGAGGAAUACCGCUUGAGAUCCUGCGUGGAUUUUAAACCCUAUGAGGGAGAAUCCACCUACAUCUCCUUCGUCAAGCUCUCUGGUUGCUGGUCAUACGUCGGAGACGAUGGGACAGGCCAGAACGUGUCCAUUGGUGACCGGUGUGACACCAAGGCCAUAGUGGAGCACGAGCUUCUGCACGCGCUGGGCUUCUACCACGAGCAGUCCCGUUCAGACCGAGAUGACUACGUCAAAAUCUGGUGGGACGAAAUUGAAGAAGGGAUGGGGCACAAUUUCAACAAAUAUGAAGAUGACUUCAUCACAGACCUGAACACACCGUACGAUUAUGAGUCCAUCAUGCACUACAGACCGUUGUCCUUUAAUAAGAAUGAAAGCAUCCCCACAAUUACAACCGUCAUACCAUACUUUAACAAUGUCAUUGGUCAGCGGUUGGACUUCAGCGAAGUAGACAUCACCAGGCUCAACCGCAUGUAUGACUGUGCUGAGACACAUACUCUGCUGGAUCAGUGCUCUUUUGAGCUCAUAAACAUCUGUGGAAUGAUCCAGAAUGAGGACGACAAUGCAGACUGGGUCCAGACGCUGAGCAGCCCAAGCGACGGGGAUCAUACCCUGGAGGGACGCUGUAGAGAUUCUGGCUACUUUAUAAAGUUCGACACUUCUUCCGGUGCAGUGGGCAGCAGCGCCCUGCUGGAGUCACGCAUCCUCUACCCAAAGAGAAGUGAACAGUGUCUCCAGUUCUUCUAUAAGAUGACCGGAGCAGCCGGGGACAAACUGGUAAUCUGGAUCAGAAGUGAUGACGGGACGGGAGCCGUGAACACCAUCAGAAAAAUCCACACUAUCACAGGCAACGGAGAUGAUGCCUGGAAAAUUGCUCACGUGAAUCUUAAAAUGUCCAAAAAGUUCCGUUACGUUUUACAAGGAAUCAGAGGAUCGGCCGGCUCCUCGGGCGCCAUCUUAAUCGAUGACAUCACUCUAACUGAGACCGUCUGUCCCAGUCUUGUCUGGCAAAUCCGCAAUUUCACUGGCGUUCUCGCCACAACUCCCGUCGGCACGCCCGUAAGGAGCAAAUGCGUUUAUAGCGCGGAGGGCUAUUCGUUUGGAGUCACUGUCUACCCGAAUGGAAGAGAGAGCGAAUACCCGGAUUAUGUUGGCGCAACGUUGCAUCUCUGCAGUGGGGAAAAUGACGGAGUGAUGCAGUGGCCAGCAGAAAACAGGCAGGCCACCAUUGUAGCGCUGGAUCAGGACCCAGAUGUUACACUGAGGAUGUCUUCCACAAGAAGCUUCACCUCAGACAAUAACACCCGCUGGGACAAGCCGACCGCCACGUCUAGUGCAGUCUGGGAUGAGAGCUGCCAGUGCUACCGGGGUCAAGAUUACGGCUGGAGCACGUUCAUAUCCCACAUCCAACUACAGCGGAGGAGCUUCCUCAAGAAUGAUGACCUCAUCAUAACCGCUGACUUCAAUGAUUUAACCCACCUGAUCAAGACUGAAGUACCAGUGGAGCGCUCCGUACAAGGCAGAGACCUCCCGGACAAGAAGGAAGACCGUGAGGUGGAAAUGAAACGGGAAGCGCCAAAGCACAGGGAGCCGCGCGCCGCCGACCUCUGCCACCCUAACCCCUGCCUGAACGGAGGCUUGUGUGUGGAGGCUGCAGGCGAAGCCUCGUGCAGGUGUGCAACAACCCAGGCCACCUUCUACUCUGGCCCGAGGUGUGAGGAAGUGAAAAUAGACAGAGGCAUCCUGGGAGCUCUCAUCGGCGGUGCGGCGGGAACUGUGGUUCUAACGUUGGCCAUCUUCGCUGUCAUCAGGAGAUCUCACAACAACCCGUUUUAAAAUGUACGGGUUCCCUUUUAGCACAGCAAAAGACUGGACCAGUGCUGGUCCAGUCUUUAAACAUACAGAAAUGUUUCACAUUAAAAAAAUGAACUCUUCCAUUCUUAGAAGAGACGCUCAAAGCCAGGAAAACACUGAGAACAUUGAUACAAAUGGAUAGUUUAGCAGAAGUAGUUUCAAAACACUCACUUGGUGUGCAACAGGGAAGAAAAGUGAAUAAUUUAUGUUGCAAUAUGGGCUUUAAUUAACUAAAUUAAUUCAAUAAUAUUGGUUUAGUAGCACUUGUUGUCAUGGUAACAGAUUCAGCAAAUAAAAAUGUACGACGGCG